AUUCAUGGAGUCAACUCACCAGGACACAGAAUAUCUUGUCAGAAAGACUUCGAACGCUGGUUAUCGUGCCUUCUCUCUUAUAACGCCACCAUUGUAUACUGCAUAUAUUUUGGCCAGACGCGGCCGUGGGGCAUUUUCAAUCAAUGGUGUUCUUCGUUCAACGUGGAUAGCUGGUGUCGGAGGUGCUAUCGGAGGAGCUGGUAUUGGAUAUGCGCGAUACGCUUACACUAGCCCGGAAACCGUUAGAGCGAAACGAGUUCAAACCGCUUACGAUACAAACCGUAUCAGGGCUGAAGAUCAUUCUACGAUUGGUGGUAUCCUCUUCAGCGUGAUUACACCUGCCGUUCUGUGGAAGCGAGCUAAAAUAUACAAUCUCAUUUUGGGAGGGCUCAGUCUGGGCAGCGGAGUUGGCACAUUAACACAUUAUUUCCGAGCAAUUACAGGAGAUCCCCCACCCCAAGUCCAGCUUCCGGAUGCACCAUAUUCGUCCUGA